CAAUCGGUUGACACACUUCGACAUGUAGCGGGUUCUCGUCUGUUCUUGUGGACGUUGGAGACAAGGGAAAAGAUAGUCAGUCCAACGGUGGUGUUACUGGCCGAUCUACAAAAGUCUCAGAAGACCGAAAAGGGGACGUCGGUCUGUGAAAUUGGGCACACAACAAUUGGCACUUUGGGCCCUUCUCGUUACUCCCAAGCACAAAAGCCUAAGUCUGUCGGCCCGCCGAGCAACGAAGCCAUAUUCAUCUCAGACCCCGCCCUACUAGUUACGGUUUAG